AUGCAAAUAAAUUUUUGCACUCCUCAAUACUUCUUCAACAUCUCUCAAAAAUAUCCCUUUAUCGUGUAUGAUUUAAGAGAACAUUAACAUGGUUUUUUGAAAAAUAGUAUUCAUGUUACUAAUAUACACCAGGUGGAGACUGUUGAGGAUGUGUAAAAACAUUUUUAGUACCCUGAUUAAUAAUCUGAGAAGAAGAAAUUGGAAAAGUUGUUUCAAACCAGAAAGAGAAAUUACAAUUUCUUUGUUCCAUUCGAUACUUCUGAUAUGUUCAGUUUAUUACUCAAGGAUAGAAUUAAGGGAGAAGGAUCUGAAAUUUCUGAUUAGUUUUGUAUCCCUUUGGAAAGUGUGGCAAAGUGGUGCCAUGAGAUUUCAAAGAAAUUGCCAUACAAAUAGAAACACAAAAUCAGAAGUAGAGCAAAUACGAUGAUUAUGUAAGAUGAUGAUGAUGAAUUAGUUGAUACAGAUUCCUAAUAAACUAUACUCCAUUUCAAUAAACAUCAGACUAUAGCUUCUAGCAAGAAGGUCAUAGAAUUACAAGAGAUAACAAUAUCUAAUGGUCCAAAAAUUAAAUAGAGAUCUGUGAGUUAGCCAAAAUGCAUUGGACAUGGAGAAGGAAGUUUAUACAUGAAUUCAGAAUUGUUUGGAGCAGCUUUAAAGAUCUAUGAAAUUUAUCACAAGGAUAAAGUCAGACAGUUGUUUAUAAUGUUGGAUCCGAUUUAGAUAGUUUUUGGGAGUCAUUCGUUUUUGAAUUACGAGAUAAGUAAAAACAGAGGGUUCUUGGACAAGACAUUUCCGAAUGAAAUAAUAGAGAAUAAGCUUUAUUUGGGAGGAGGUGAUCAUGCACAAGAUACAGAGAUGUUGGUCGACAUUUUGGGGAUAACUCAUGUUGUGAAUGCGACUAUUGAGAUCAAGAAUUAUUGUGAUCAAUUGAAAUAUUUGAACAUUAAAAUAUACGAUGAACCUCACAUUGAAGUGAAACAGUACUUUGAAGAUGUGUAUCAGUUUAUAGAAAAUGCAUUAUAGAUGGAGAAUGGGAAGGUAUUUGUGCAUUGUGCAUAGGGGAAGUCGAGAUCAGCAUGCUUUAUAGUGAUGUAUUUGAUGAGGAAGUUUAGUUGGGGAUUUGAGAAGGCAUAUGAAUUCGUAAGGGAAUGCAGAGAGGUGGUUUGUAUUAAUGAGGGAUUUAUUAACUAGUUAAUUGAAUUGAAUUGA